UGUUCUUCAGCACUUCAGAGGAGCUGGCAUCAUCAUCAUGGCAUUCAAGGCAGAAAGUGCAGCAAGCCUUCCUUACCGUCUCUUGCUCUUGUGUAUUGCGUUUUGUCUUGUUUCUGUGCUGAUGAAAGCCAUUCAGUUGUAUUACAAGAGGCAAACACAGCUUAAGACUGUUGAGAAUUUCCCAGGUCCUCCUAGCCACUGGCUGUAUGGUAACAUCCACCAGAUCACUAGCCGCAGAGAUGAAAUGAACAUAAUGCUGGAUUGGGCAGAGAAAUUCCCAUAUGCUUAUCCCCGAUGGUUUGGGGGAUUUAUGUGUGUCUUAAUGAUCAAUCAUCCUGAUUAUGUCAAAACUGUGUUUGGCAGAGGAGAUCCCAAGUCUCUAAUCACCUAUAAGAGCUUGAUUCCUUGGAUCGGGAGAGGAUUGCUUGUGUUAAAUGGACCUAAAUGGCACCAGCACAGGCGGAUGCUAACACCAGCCUUCCACUAUGACAUUCUGAAGCCUUAUGUAGCAAAGAUUGCAGAUUCAACUAAAGUGAUGCUGGAUAAAUGGGAGAAACUGAUAGCAAAGGAUCCUACAAAAUCCCUGGAAAUGUUUGACCAUAUUAGUUUAAUGAGCCUGGACAGCAUAAUGAAAUGUGCAUUCAAUUAUAAGAGCAACUGCCAGACUGACAGAGAUCUAGAUUAUUAUGUCAAAGCUGUAUCAGAUCUGACUUACUUAGUGUUUAAGAGAGUCACCUCAGGAGUGCUUCAAAAUGAUCUCCUCUAUCUAUGCACUCCAUCUGGGCGUCACUUUAAGGAAACCUGCAAAUUGGCACAUCGCCAUACAGAAAAAGUAAUUGAAGAGCGGAAGAAAUCCCUCCAGAAUGAAAGAGAGCUCAAAAACAUCCAGAAGAAGCGACACUUGGAUUUUUUGGACAUUCUUCUUUGUGCCAAGGAUGAAAAUGGAGUUGGUUUGUCUGACGAAGACCUGCGUGCUGAGGUAGACACCUUCAUGUUUGAGGGCCAUGAUACCACAGCCAGUGGUAUUUCCUGGCUCCUACAUUGCAUGGCUCAGCAUCCAGAACACCAACAGAGAUGCAGGGAAGAGAUUGAGGAAAUUCUGGGUGAUCGGGAGGACAUUCAAUGGGAUGAUCUUAGUAAAAUGACAUAUGUCACAAUGUGCAUUAAGGAGAGUCUACGCCUGUAUCCUCCAGUUCCGGGAGUAUUCCGACAGCUGAGUAAACCUGUCACUUUUUUAGAUGGACGUACUUUGCCUAAAGGCUUUGUGGUUGCAGUUAGCAUUCACAGUAUUCACAAAAAUCCAAGUAUAUGGCAAGACCCCGAGGUUUUUGAUCCUACAAGGUUUUCUGCAGAGAACUCAUCCCAAAGACAUUCUCAUGCUUUCAUUCCUUUUGCAGCUGGAGCAAGGAAUUGCAUUGGGCAGCAGUUUGCUAUGAAUGAGAUGAAAAUAGCUCUUGCUCUGACACUGCUUCGCUUUGAAAUCUUGCCUGAUCCAGCAAAUCUGCCCAUUCCUGUCCCUCAGAUUGUCCUCAAAUCUGAAAAUGGGAUACACCUCUUCUUAAAGAAGCACCACCGAUAAACAGACAAUCUCAUAAGGAAAAGGUCUUGUCAAAGUUGGGUACAAAACCAUGACUGUGUAAAUGGAAUAACCAUCCCUUAAGAGAACUCUUGGGGUUUUUGUCUUUUCUCCCCUGCUGCUGAUAGUCCUGCAUACUGAAUUUGUUUAAAGUGACAACCCAGCUACAAAUGAUUUUUUUUUUAAUCACUGACAGGGUAAUUCUAAUAAUUACUGGCAUGGAAGUUACCAGUUUGCUCAGAAAAGUUCAAAGCCUUCCUUCAACAUGUGAAUAUACUGUCAAAGAAAGAGCCACAUAUGCUAUAGGAGGGUUGCUGAGGCUGGAGGAAGGCUUUAUAAUUUAAUAGAUUACACGUCACUGUAUUCAUGCCAUGAUUUCUCUUUUGAUCCUCAUAGCUGUCUGGUCACCAGAAUCACAGAUUAUUACACCUUCAUUUAAACUGACUUGGAAAAAGUAGCAGUGGUAUGCCAUGUGACAUCCUGCACUCAUGACAAAUACAUCAACUUUAACAUGUGCUUUGUUGUAGUAGCUCCCUAAGCAAUGGACUCCCUGAGGAACUGAGUGAGGUGCCACAUCUAGAAGUUUUUAGGAGGCAUUGCAAGACUAUUCAAUUUUAAGGCUUUUAAUGGGCUUUUAGCUGAAGAUGUUUGGGGACAGUUACUUGGGGUUUUAUUGUACUUUGUAUAUUUUAAAGAUGGAUUUGUAUGCUAUCUUACAGUAGCCACAAAGGAAAGACAGAGUAUGUAUAAAUAAAUAUACCUAAUAGGUCCUUUUCAGGUGUUACAACCAUUGGUAUCAUAUGCCCGCAACAAUGUGCAGCACAGUAGAAAAGACAUGGGAAGUUUCUUUGUUCCUUCCCCACAUAAAACAUUUUGCACCAUUUUUGCUCAUAUAAUUUUUCAUCUCUUUUAGACAAAUCUGCUAAUUUGUGUGGGUUAGUGUUUGUGUGUGAAAGAGAGAAUAUGUGAGGGGAGAUAACAGAGAACAGAACAGAAAGAUUAGUCUCUGAAACUCUGGAUGUACUUAAGUGGUAUGUCUUUCCUUUGGGACGAAAGGAGGAACAAGAAUAGUUAUAAACAUCUCUGCCAUUAUCCCCACCUCCUCUACCCUUCUUCCAGAAUGUGCAAACAAAGCAUUUGUCCAGUCCUGAAAUCUGGUUAAUGUAAAAAAAAAAGAAAAAGAAAGAACCUUCAUCCAAGCCAGUAAUCUAGCAAUCUGAAUUGUGGGAAUAUAUAUGUAUGUCAACUUGUGGCAACCCAAGCAAGGGGCUGUCAAGGCAAGUGAGAAGCAAAGGCAGUUUGCCAGUGCCCUCUAAUGCAUAGUCUUCCUUGGUGGUCGUCUAUCCAAAUACUGACCCUGCUUAGCUACUGAGAUCUGACGAAAUUGGGUUAUACCAUGCCACCUUCCCUCAUGAAUGAUGGGAAUGCUGUGCACAAAGUAUCUCUCAAAUAUCAAUUAAUAGUGCUUCCAGGUGGCAUAUCAAAAAAUAUCAGACACCUUCACACUUGUGAACUCCUGGGCCCAGCACAAUAAUGCCAUUGCUGGCUACUCCCCCAGCUAGGGUUGCCAGGUCCAGGUCAGGAAAUUCCAGGAGAUUUUGGAGGUGUAGACUGGAGAGGGUAUGGUUUGGGGAGCGGGGGGGGGGCUCAGUGGGGUAUAAUGCCAUAGAGUUCACCAUUCAGAGCAGCCAUUUUCUCCAGGGUAAUUGGUCUCUGUUGCCUGGAGAUCAGCUGUAAUUCCAGGAGAUCUCCAAUUACCAUCUGGAGGCUGGCAAUCCUACCCCCAUCCCUCAGGAGGCCAGGCAGGACCCUCCCCCCUGCAAAACACCAGACAUUUAUAUGUCCAGUAUUUUAACCCUAUUUCCCCCAAGCAGUCCAAGAAAAAACUAAACUGUCUGGGUGAAAACUGAAUACCUGGCAAGCCUACCAAUUAAUAGAAGAUCCCAGGUUUAACACCCAGUGUAAUGUUUUGCAUGUAAAGAUGUUUGAGUAUUAUAUUUAUGCUUCUUAAGGUGGGUUUUUAAAUAUUUGUUACCAUGGGUUUAAAUGCAGGCCUCUGAGGAAAGAAGGAGGGGAGUCCGGAUGGUUGAAUGGAGUCUGCUUUGAUUGGCUGGUGCUGUAUCCUAGGUAGACAUGGGCACGAACAGCAUUACGAACGGAAAAAACCUACAAACAGGCCGCUCAGCUGCUCGCGAAUGGGCUGUUCGUGAUGCGCCAUUCCAGCCGAACAGGCGGUCUGCGCAAGCCUCGUUCAUCGCACUCGGCUGCCGUUUGGGAAGCUACAAACUCAGGCACCUUCAAUCAAUUGCCUCGGCAAUGGAGGGGGGGAGUACCUGAACUCUGUCUGCCCUCCCUCUGUUGCCCCAGACACCCCAAUCAAAACCCAACUUAGCUUAAUGGGCAGGUCUUCCUUCCAAGUGUGGAGCUGCAAAUCAGUUAUAAUUGGUAACAUGGGAGCAGACACCGGGGGGGGGGGAGGGAGGGAGGAGGGAGGUGUUCUGUGGCCAUGGGAACUCCAAUAUCAUCCCUGCAAACCCUGUUAGGCAGCUCUGACUGCCAACCACAGGCCUCCUGCGUUUCUCAAUCAGUCCUCAGCUUAUAAAAGGGCACUGCACUCCCAGUUCUGGUUUCACUUUCAGCAAGCAGUGGAGUGGGACAGAGCUCUUAAUAGCCUUUUGGGAGAGGGAGAGGGAGAGGGAGAGGGAGAGUGCAUUGGAGCUGGGCUUUUUUCUGUGUGUGGUGGGUGGGAUAGGGAGCUAUCCCCUCUGGUUCCAGGGCUGCUGCCAGGCCCCGUGGCCAAGCUCAGUGGGCACCUCAGCUGAGGGCUGACCCUGAUUAUUAGUGCCUGAUUUGGUCAGGUCUCUGGGAGUGUUGGGUAGGGCUCUACCCCCUCCCUCUGAGAAUGUAUAACUCCGAGAUCUAUACUGCAAUCUUGACCAAACUUGGGUGGUGGCUGGAGAAGAGUCUGCUGCACAUUCCCUGUGAAUAUGGGCUCUCUAAGUGCUAAGGGGGCCACUCUGGUGCUGAUGAACACUGAACACCAAACACAUUAGGUAACGGGACAUGUUCGGGUCUGGUUGGAUGUUCAUGUUCAUUGUCGGGAACGAACAGCCUGUUUGGGGAUUUCCCCCCGUUUGUGCCCAUGUCUAAUCCUAGGGGGUAGAGUGAACUGCAGUUUUUUAGUCAGUGUUGAGGAAAAAGUUUUCAGUCAAUCACUAAAGAUCUCAGAGAGAGAUUAUGCUGACUAAGUUAGGCAAACUGUGUGGAAACCUGAAAGGGGUUUUAUCCUCGCUAAGUCAGACAAACUACGAGUACAUGUGUCAGUCUGUGUAUAUCUGAAAGAGCUUAUUCUAGCUAGGUCAGGCAAGCUGUGUGGAAAGGCCUGUGUCUGUGAAUGAAAUGAGAUUUUCUUCUGUUAGUGAAUAUCUGUGUAGAAUAUAAGUCAUUGUUACUGGGUUACUGUGAAUAUAUAACCACCAAGCUAAAGAUCUAUUCCUAAACCAAUAUGCUUAUCAAAACUCUGUAACCAUCAUGCUUAAGUACAUAGAAAUAAAUUCUACUUUUGGUUUUUUUUUAAAGAUUCCUUUUUAAUCUCACAAUCAGCCCCAUGUGCUGACCAUUCUGUCAAAUGACCAUCUCUAGCAAGCCUUCCUAUAUUACCGGUUAAACCUAUAUUAAACCUAUAUUACCAGUUAAACCUGCCGAUUCGCUGCUGAGAGAGCAAAUUGGGAAAUCUGAUAAAUGUAAACUUAUCUUCUUAUUGGCUACUUGGAACCAAAAGGUGAUCGAAACUGUAGCUAACUUUUUGUAUCUUGCAUCUAUGAGGCGAGUCAUGUACUUGUAGACUGAGUUUUGAUUGUGCCGAGUGUUUUUGUUAUUAAUAUGGAUGUAAUGCUAAUAAAGGUUGCUGCUGUUGUGGCAGAGUUAGUUAGAAUAGUUUCAGAUUGGUAGCCAUAUUGAUCUGCAGGAAAAUAGCAAGAUUUGAGUCCAGUAGCACCUUGAAGACCAACAUGUGAGGGCAAAUAGGACCCCACAUAGCCAUAGCACCUUGACAAAAUGGUGCAAGAGGGAAGGCUGAAACCCUCAUUCCCCCUCCCCCAUACUGGAGAGCUGAAUCCAGCCCUGUAGAGCUUGUGAACGUUAGUUCCCUGAUGUUAUGUGUGAAACGACUCAGGUUGGGGGACCCUUAUUCUGAUUCACGUCACAUGUCAGCUAACAUGUCAGCUCUCCCUACAUGAUAUAUAAAGAGAGAGUGAGAUAAUCUGUAAAAAGUGGUUCACCUAUAAUCCUUCUUCUCAGAUCUUUUGUUAAUUUAACUUUUGUAUCUGUAUAUUCUUUCAGGAAACAAGGGGGAAAAGUCUGAAAUGGUAUAUUGGUUAGGAUUUGAAACAGUGUUGGGAAAGGUGAUGUGGAACAUA